AUGGCAACCGAUCAGAAGGCAAUGCUUGUUCCGCCCAAACGGGCCAAUACCGAUUAUCCAUUAAUCGACUCUGAUCCGCAUCUGAGACGAGUCUUUGGAUAUGCCAGAUCUUCCGACUACGCAAUUGCCGGUGGUAUGGCCGCUGCCUCUCCACUUGCUUUCUGGGCUAUGGAAAGAGUUAGCCCUUCCCAUGUUGGCCGAGGAGGCUUUGCCCCCGUAAUGCGAUUAGCUACAGCAAUUGGCUUGAUUGGUGGUUUACACGUACUUUACCAGAGAUCUUGCAAUCGUUUCUAUGGGUUCACAGAAAACUCCCGAGAGGUCGAGAUGGACAUGAAGGAAAUGGUUGACAAGGUUAAGAAGGGCGAGCCCUUAUAUGGCACAUCACAAGUAUCCUCUUACCUACAAGGCGUUGCGGCUAGAAACUCGCGCUACUCUCAGCUUUUUAUCCAUGUCCUCCCCUGGUUCAACCUUGUCAAUCACAGUCAGCACGGUAUUGACACAGCUAAGUACUAUCAGCAAGCUGAGCAAGAGCUUGAGACUGAGCGGCUGGCGAAUGCCGGGUCUGCCUGA